UAAUCACUACUAGUCGCUUCUCUUUCACUUUCUUCUUCUUCUUCUUUAUUGUAAAGUAUAUAAUGACAAUAAUUUGGUGUUACUUUACAGCCCUUGUUCAGUCUCUCAGUCAGUAGGAGAUGAAAGUUCCUUUUUUUUUUUUUUGUUUGUUACUCGUUCGCUCUCUAAACUGGAUGCUGCGUCUCUCUUGUAGUAGACUGUCUGUGUAAUUUGCUUCUUUCAGUAGGGAGUACUAGAAGAAGAAGGGGAAGAAGAUGAUGUUGCGAGUGAACUUGGGAUCCUUUGAUUCCUGCCUCUCUUCAAGUUUGCAGGGAUGCAGUAGUGCUCCUCCUCCUCCUCCUCCUGACAAUGGUAUGCUGCUGCCCACCAAUGUGCUUAACGUGUCACCUAGCAGGCUGCCUUCCUACCCUUUCAACUCUGCUCUACAGUUGGAGAGCACAUUCAGUGACCAGUCUACCUUUUGUUGGGAAUCUGAGAAGGCACCAGGUUUUAGUUCCAUUGCUUCCAAUUCUUCAUAUGUCGCCCCAAUGAUGAAGCCUUCUGCAGAGCUGAUGGGGGAGAUUGCCUCACUUGAGAUCGAAAUUAUGCAUUUGGAAUGUUAUCUUCUUUCACUCUACCGAACUGCUUUUGAACAGCAUUUACCCACCUUAAUGAAGAGCAAUGGACCCUAUUUACUGUAUAACUCAGGAUCACCAAUGAAAGUUAUAGCAGAUCAAUCAUGUUAUAAAAUAGAGCCUGACACGUGGAAAGGUGGUAGGGCCAGUCAUUCUCAAACUUCUCCUCCGUGUGGGUUGCCUGGUUUUGAUAACCUGAGUCAUGCUGCUCCUCCAAAAACAUCAUCCGACCAGAAGAGUGCUGAUCCUGGCCAUCGCAGCCUUGCAGAUCACUUUGGUGCUUCUUGCAUUGAUGAAGCCCUUUAUACUCCAGAUAGACUUUCUGAAGACAUUGUCAAAUGCAUGUCUUCUAUUUACUGCAGGCUUGCCAAUCCUACUUCAACUCAUGCAGGCUUUUCAGUUUCUUCCACUUCAUCCUUGUCCUCCUCAAGUAUAUUUUCUCCAAGAAAUGUUUCUGAUAGUUGGAGUCCACAUUGCAAUGGGGAAGCUACAGGGCUUGGACAAUUUCAAGGGUUCAAAGGGGAGAGCAUACCAUAUGCUGCAAUGAUAGAAGUCUCAAAGAUAUGUUUAGAUGAUAAUAGCUUCAACUAUGCUGCUAGAAUGCUACAAAAGUUAAGGUCUUUGGUUAAAAGUCUAGAGAAGAUUGACCCAAGGAAGAUGAAACGCGAAGAAAAGCUUGCAUUUUGGAUCAACAUUCACAAUGCCUUGGUGAUGCAUGCAUAUUUAGCAUAUGGAACUCAUACUCAUGUAAGAAGUACUUCUAUUUUAAAGGCAGUGUAUAAUGUGGGUGGACAUUGCAUAAAUGCUUAUAUCAUUCAAAGCUCCAUCUUAGGAAUCCGGUCACACCAUUCGCUGCCGACAAGUCAUAGGGGGAAAAGGGGGUGUUUCUCUGUCAUUCCGUGUCUCAAACUCAAUUCAUUAAUGUGGCUGCAAGCACUGCUGUAUGCAGGAAAGAAGUAUAAGAUGGGAAGCACGAGACAUGUUUAUGCCAUUGAAUAUCCAGAGCCACUUGUUCAUUUUGCGCUUUGUUCGGGGGCAUACUCUGACCCUGCGGUUCGAGUCUACACAGCAAGUAGUGUGUUUCAUGAUCUCAAACUUGCCAAAGAAGAGUUCGUACAAGCUAGUGUCUAUAUCUACAAGGAAAAAAAAAUAUCCCUGCCAAAAAUGCUUUACUACUUCGCUAAGGAUAUGUCACUGGAUGUGGCUGGGCUGUUAAAAGAGGUUAAUGGCUGCCUAACUGAUGAAGCUCAACAAAAGGCUAUCAUAAAAUGCUUGAAGGGGAGACCUGACAAGCACAUUCACUGGUUACCGCAGAGUUCAACCUUCCGGUAUAUCAUUCAUAGAGAAUUAGCUGAAGGGAUAAUAUCUGAUUGAUCAGCGGCUUUUUCACUGUAUUUAUGAAGCAAGCAUAAUUUGAGUGCUUCGAAAGUUAAAAUCAUAAAUAUGGCAAAUAUUUUUUGGUUGUAUAAAUAUAUAUAUAUAGAGAUAUAUAUAUAUAUAGAGAGAGAGAGAGGGGUCGGACUUGGGAAGAAGGAAAUUGAUGAUGUGUACCCUUCUCUCCAAUAAAAUCCCACUCUUUUUAUUGUGUUUGUGAAUUGUGAUAAUGUGCAUGUAUAUGAGUCCACUGAUUUCUUGUAAAAAAUGAUUUGCUGUUAUCAUUUCAGUAGAAUUUUAGAA